AUGUUAUCACCACAACCACAACCAGAAAUUAUCCCAUUACCAGCCAUGAAAGUUGGAGGAGAACAUGGCAUGAGAGUACCAAAACCAAAGCAUACAAAAGUUGUACAUAGCCCUCCACCACGUACACAAUUUGCAACUGGUUUAGAUCCAACUCCUCUUUCUCCAACACUUGAUGGUGAAUCAAAACCUGAAAAAAAAGAAUCAAACCAAGAGAGAGAAAGAAAAUUCUCACAAGAACCAACAAUUUCUGAAAAUCAUAAGACUCAAUCACGUCCAUUAAACCAACCAAGAUAA